GCUCCCGCGCUUUGUGACACCCGGCCCUCCGUCACGUGAUCGCGGCUCUGCAGAGCAUUACUGGCCGGAGACACAGCACGUGCAGAGCAUCCCGCCUGCCGUACGGUCCAGAGCCCAUUCUUAGGACAGCAGAGUAAACAAUGGACAAGAACAACUGGGUGAAUGAGAAGAUCUUGGAUCUAACCCUGGAGAUCAUCUACCUGCUGACUGGAGAGGAUCACAUGGUUGUGAAGAAGCCCAGUGACAAUGCUUGCCCCAGAAUGGUGCCCCCAUCUUUCUCCCUGAUCCAUGAGAGAAACCAUGAUCAGAAGAUCUUGGAACUGACCAAUCAGAUCAUUGAGCUGCUGUCUGGAGAGGUUCCUUUAAGGAGUGAGGAUGUCACUGUCUAUUUCUCCAUGCAGGAGUGGGAGUAUAUAGAAGGACAUAAGGAUAUUAACAAGGUUGUGAUAAUGGAGGACUACCUGUCCGAUACUGUAAUUGGUAAACUUGCUCCUGGUGGAUUUUACACUAAUAUUGUUUCGCCCAACUCUGAAACACAAGAGGAAUAUGUAAAUGAAAUUAAUGAUGUAGGAACCUCUGUGAAACGCAAAAAUUCAAUAGAGUUUGAGCGUGUAACAUGCAUUUCCUCAGAAGCUCCUUCAGGUGAAGAAGUAACAGACCAUGUAUUUAUUAAGCAGGAACCAACCUCAUGGGAAGAAGGAAAUCUCACAGACAUUUCUACACCCAUAAACCAUCCAUGCACUCAUAUUAAGGAGGAAUCAGCCUCAUGGGAAGAAGGGCAACUCACAGACUCACAUACUCCAUCAGAACAUCCAUCUAUUCAUAUUAAGGAGGAACCAGACUCAUGGGAAGAAGGGAAUCUUACAGAUACUGAGAAUUCUACACCCACAGAACAUCCACAGACAGAUGAUACAUCUAGCGUUAUUAAAGGUUAUGAGAAAAGUAAUCCAAAUUCACCAGAAUUUACUUCGAAGGAGUCCAUAAUUGAACCUAAGAAAGUUGAUAAAUUUAUCAUAUAUAUAUCAGGUACAUCUCCUCAGACUACGGAAACAUUAUUUAACUUUCCAGUAAGCCUGGAGACUUUUAAUCAUAACUGUAACGUUAAUAGUAAUCAGUCAGUUCACAAUGAAAAGAAGAUGGCACCUUCUGAAAUGGACAAAGUCUUCUUCUCAGGGUCUGACAUAUAUGAGAUUAAUAUCAGAUGUGAUAAACAGUUUUUAUGUUCUCAAUGCGGAAAAAACUUUACUUAUGUGUCUCAUCUUGUUAUGCAUCAGGCAACUCACACAGGAGAAGCGAAAUUUAAAUGUUUUGAAUGUGGAAAAUGUUUUAGCGAGGCCAGAAAACUUGUAUCGCAUAAAAGGGUUCACACUGGAGAAACACCAUUUAAAUGCAGUGAAUGUGGAAGAUGUUUUACGCAAAAACCAAAUCUUAUUCGGCACCGCAGGAUUCACACUGGAGAAAAAUCAUUUAAGUGCACUGAAUGUGAGAAAUGUUUUCAUCAAAAGGGUGAUCUGACCAGGCAUCAGAGGAUUCACACAGGAGAAAAACCAUUUAAAUGCCCCGAAUGUGGAAAAGGUUUUAAACACAAGCAUGAUCUUAUGAGGCAUCGGAGAAUUCACAGAGCAAAGAAUUGAUUUAAUGAAUGACAGAAAUAUAUUGACGUACAGCUCAAAAAAGGAAAUGCGCAGAAUGUG